CGGAGAUGCUGAGUCAGAUUACCCUCAUGCACCCUGUCCCUCCUAACUCACCUGCUCUUCUGCCUCUGCAGGUUCCUGCACCGCCCACUGAUGUGACAGAGUUCCCUCUGUCCCCUCACGCUCCAUUGUCUGCAUCCUUAACCUCUGUCUUGCCACAGGGUAAGCACUGGGGUAUUUUAUCCAAGGCGGAGGCCAUGAACAUCAAGAAAGCUGUAGCGGAUGGGAACUUGCCAGAGGUGGUCUCUGCCCUCAGGGAGACUCUGAAGAUAGUGUCGAGGACACCAGUCAACAUUGCUGUGACAGGGGACUCUGGCAAUGGCAUGUCCAGCUUCAUCAAUGCGCUUCGGAACAUAGGACAUGAAGGGGAGGCCUCCACUCCUGUUGGGGUGCUAAAAACCACCCAAACAUGUGCCUGCUAUUUAUCUCCCCACUUUCCAAAUGUGGUGCUGUGGGACCUGCCUGGCACAGGGUGUGCCACCAAAAGCCUGGAGAACUACCUGGUGGAAAUGCAGUUCAGCCAAUAUGACUUCUUCAUCAUCAUCGCAUCUGAACAGUUCAGCGUGAAUCAUGUGAUGCUUGCCAAAAGCAUUGAGGACAUGAGAAAAAAGUUCUACAUUGUCUGGACCAAGCUGGACAUGGACCUCAACACAAGUGCCCUCCCAGAAGAGCAGCUCCAGCAGAUUAUCAGAGAAAAUAUUCUGGAAAAUCUCCAGAAGAAGCAAGUGUGUGAACCCCCUAUAUUCCUGGUCUCCAGCUUUGAACCUUUAUCGUACGACUUCCCAAAGCUUAGAGACACAUUGCGAAUGGAUCUCAUAAAAAAUAGGUGCCAUGACCUUCUUCAAAACCUGUCCCACACCUGUGAGACGGCCAUUAAUGACAAAGCGACCUUCCUGCGGAAGAAAAUAACCACACAGUCUCUCCACGAUGCCUGUGGCAUCUCGGAUGCAGAUGAUUUGGCUGUGUGUCUGAAAGCCUACCAGUUGUUCUUUGGUGUGGACGAUGAAUCUCUCUGGCAGGUGGCACAGAGAAUGGGGAGGACAUUCACAGACUACACGAACAUCAUGAAGUCCUGUGAUGUGCACGGUCUCAACAAAAGGGAUUUGAGACUGACCUGGAUGACUUGUACAGUCUUGAGGGCAUUCCUUAGUCUCCUUAGGUACAUCCCAUGGUUAGGUGACCGCAUCAUCCACUACUUCAGACGAAUGAAACAAAUGUACUUACUUGAGAUAGUUGCCAAGGACACCAAGGCGAUCCUAAGAAAAGUCCUGGAAGACUCCAUCAUCCCACAGUGAAAGCCAACUUGGGAAAAGUCCAGCAGGCUCUUUUGUCAGGUGGCAGGAAGGACCUCUGUGGGUUCUUUUUUCAGUAGGACACCCCUUUCUCUACUCUCAAUCAGAGAUUUCAGUUAAUAUUUUCUUCUAUUUCUUAGUGUCAUAAAUUCCUUGAAAUGAAUGAUGAAAAUUGCUUAUCUUACUAGCACAAAUCAGUGUGCCAUUCA